AUGAGUCUAUGCUCGGACGGAUCGACAGAUGAGAGCGAGAGUUCAGAGGAGGAGGAAUUGAUUACUUGGCGUUAUCAGAAGUCGACUAAACAUGGCGCAAACGUGUGUUUCAGGCCUGAAGUGGUCGUCGAGCAACCGAAUAAGCAACGGAAGCAGAUUGGGGUGCAGAACAAUCUCACCUUCAAAUUCGUGAGAUCCAGUACCAGUCUCAUUCGAAAUAUUCUCACGGCAUAUGGUUUCAAAGAAGCGCGGGAAACAUCCAACGAUUACAACAUCAUGUGGCUCAACUCGCACGUGAAGCCAUACUCGUUAAGAAAUCUGAUGGAUUUCCAGCGCGUCAAUCAUUUUCCACGGAGUUAUGAGCUAACGCGCAAGAAUUUACUCGCAAGGAAUGUUGAAAGAAUGGCUCAAACGAAGAACGCAAAGCUCUUCGACUUCUGCCCGAAAUCAUAUAUGAUGCCGGGACAGUAUCAGGAUUUCUGCCAUGCUGCUGCUCGGGAAAAAGGGCCUUGGAUUGUCAAACCACAGGCGAGUUCCAGGGGUAGAGGAAUUUUCCUCGUGAAUUCGCCUUCUCAAGUCCCACUGGAUGAUAGUACAAUGGUCUGCAGGUACAUUCACAACCCGCUUCUCAUCGAUGGUUUUAAAUUCGAUGUCCGCCUGUACGUCGCUGUAACCUGCUACGACCCUUUGAUUAUUUAUUUAUACGAAGAAGGAAUGGCUCGUUUCGCAACAAUCAAAUACGAAACCUCGCUCAAAUCCAUCAAAAACCAAUGGAUGCACCUUACGAAUUAUUCGAUCAACAAAAAGAACCCCGAGUUUGUUCGCUGCGAUGACGCCGAACAGGAAGACUUUGGGAACAAGUGGACGCUGGGAGCGUUGCUCAGGUACUUGCGUGACGAUGGUGUCGAUACAGCUGCUCUUAUGUCGAGAAUCGAACAAGUCGUCAUCAAGACAAUCAUUUCUGUUGAAGGUCAAAUUGCUGCAGCGUGCAAGACAUUUGUCCCUUAUCGCGGAAAUUGUGCUGAGCUUUACGGUUUUGAUGUUCUGAUCGAUGAUACUCUCAAGCCAUGGAUCCUCGAGGUUAACCUUUCCCCAAGCCUUGCCACAGAUGCUCCUCUCGAUCUCAAACUCAAGUCGAAUGUUAUUGCUGACUUCUUGAAUCUUAUGGGCGUGGAAAGCGUAGACCCGUUAUCUCGCAGAUCUAAAGAUGCGAGACUGACACACGCUUACAACCUCGGAAGAAAUGGGAAGAAUUCAGCAGCUCCUAGUCCGUCGCAAGGACAAUAUGAUACUUCCUCUCUUUCUCCAGACGAUGUUAAACUUCUAAGAUGGGUCCAAGAUCAGCAUGAGCGUCGAGGUGGUUUUCUACGAAUCUUCCCAAGAGCGGAUACUUGGGCAAACUACGGCGCGCUGCUAGAAAACAAAACUCAUACGAACGAACUUCUCGCUUCUCGACUUUUCAAAGAAACCUACAGACCUUAUUCAAGUGUCGUCAGGAAUAAAUUUAAUGAACGAACCGAAUCAAGCAGAUUUAAUCGGUACGAAGAAAGACUUGAACCUCUCGAUAAAAAGAAGAAGAAAAGGAGAAGGAAGAAAAAAUCGAAGACUAAGAAAUCUUCUACUGCGGAAAACUUAAUUGAAAACGAUGAUUAUGAAGACGAAGGCGAUUACGCGGCUCCAAUUGAAACGAUCUCAAUUUCAAGCCAGCAAAGUAUUCCCAAUGUUUCUUCUGGUACUUCGACGAGACGACCUGUUCCUUUACCUAAACCAGAAAAAGAUCAGAAGACUAUUCCGAAGCCGAUGAAGAAGUCUGUUGAAAAUUCAGAUAUCUACAGGUCAAUAAAGGAAGCCCAGAAAAAGAAAAUCGCUGUGUCGAAGAGCCCUGAAAGAGUGGAAGAAGUCAAGAUUAUUUCUGAGCCAAAGGAUACUGCACUUGAUAUCACUUCCCUUGAAGAUCUUCCAGACACAAUCAGUUCGAGCCAAAUGGAAUUAGUGACGAAGAAAAUCUUGGCAGAAGCUGGAAGGCUCUCUCAGAUUGAAGCGAGAGAAGCGUUUGUGACUUAUCUGCGACGCCUUCAGCUUCGUUUUUUGAACGCUGAGAAUACUAAUAUAAAAGAUCAUAACAUCACACAAAUGGACCUCGUUUGUCGUUUCCUCCGGAAAGCGUCCUCGAACCUCCAGAAUCCGAUGGAAAUAAAAAUCCCUACUGCCGAAUCGGGUAUCCCUGUGAUUCAGCGAAAGAGGAUUCUAGGGGAUUUGUUGGUGGAAUUCAUUGCGAGAUAUCAAGGCGACACUGACAUGAUGCUAAAUGAUGAUCCUGUAUUCUCCGAUGUCGUCGAGCGUCCACUAUUUCAAAAGUUCUGUAUGAGCUGCAAAGAAAGUGAGGUAGAAGAAAUUCUCACGAAGUAUACGACAGAGAAUAAAUCUGCAUCUGUUUUCCUUGGUGCUAAAAAGCGUCCGAAAGAAAAGAAGCAUCAGGAAAACAAACAUCCAGAUGCGCAUGAUCCAGUGCAACCAGAGAAACAAGAACAUUCUGGGUCUACUAGCCCUGUUAAAUCUGAGAAAGUGGAAAGCGUGGAGAGCAUAACGGUUCAAGAAAAGCCCACAAGACAACCAUCAGCAUUGGAAAGCCCGUAUAGCGUAAUCCAGCAACAUGGUGCUAGAGGAAGACCGAAUUUUUCAACUGGGCGAGAGAAAUCGAGGGUGCGCAGCGCGAGUCAAGAGCCAAAGCUCUUGAAGCGAGACAACCGCGAAGCCAACCAAAUCCCGUCUACCUCCAACCAGGCUCCUCCGUAUCCAUCAUCAUGUCGCGACGCUGCAUUCAUCUACAGCGGCGGCAAUGCACAGAAACAAAUAAGGCCUUCUAUCGUUCCUCGUGCCGAUUUUACGACGGCUGCUCUCGCCCCUCGGGUGAAUACGGCAUCUCAUUUUUCGUCGGCAACGUCUAGCGAUGCAAUUAAAUUAGCCCUCAAGGGACUAGAUAGGCAUAAUACCCAAGCUGAGCAUAAAACGGUGACAGAGCUUGCCAAGCAGCUGGCACGUGUUAAGCUGAAUCAAAAUGUCAAGAAACGACCCAAUUCCGCCACGACCGUCCAACAUCAACGACACCAGCGCUACUCCAACAAUAGACCAAACUCUACAACUGAUCGAUCAAACAACACAGCUUCCGAUUUGUUCUCGAUUCCGUCCCGCACGAAGCCACGCCCGUACUCGGCAACCAGCUUCAUCCCUCAAGAUGCCCUUAUUCCUAAACCGCCGCCCAAGCCCUGUUGGCGCUGA